CCAUUUUUUAUAACAAAAAACGCAUUGAUCCAAAUCGCUUCUAAACCAAAAAGUUCACAACAUAAAUUGGCAGUGGAAAAAUAUUAUUUUUAUGCUAAGAAUUCUUCUUCUUUUUUGUUACUAUCUGCACGAGAACUUCAAGAAGUCUUGUAGGCGCUACACCACUACACAACACUUAAUUUAAAAAUAAAAAUAAAAAUAAAAAUUUAUGAUAUUCCCUAUUACCUUUUGGUAAUUUCCCCAAAAUGCAAAACCCCACUUGAGCCUUGGCUCUCCAGCUACUGUGACUGUUGUUCCCAAAACCCUAACUCUACCAUUUCUCUGCUGUGUGCUCCAAUGGCCUCUCGCUGCAGAUCUUUUUCAAAGUCGGCUUUCUCUUUUCUCAAAUCCACGGUGAACAAGCCAACGGUCAAACCCAGAUCUAUGUCUUCUCUCCCCACAACCCGCCCUUCCCUCACACUCUCAAGGCCAACUCCUCAGUUGGGUUCUCUGCAAUCUUUACUUCCAUUUCACUCGGCGGUCUCUUCAGCUCGGCUCACGUCGUGCCUCGGCAUUGACUCGAGGAGCUCGAGGUCGUUGUCUCAGGGUAUGCUCGGUGCAAACCCAGGAGUUUGAUAUCUCCAAUGUUUUGUAUUUAUUAUCUAGCUGGGUCUCAGCGUGCCUCGAUAAGAGAUUGAAGUUGGAAGAUAGAGGCUAAAUGGAUCAGUCCCAUCACCGCUGUUAUCAGCAUGUCCUUUUCAUCAUCUAAUGGAGUUAAUGUCAACAGUUCUGUAUGCCGAGGAUACAGCUGCAAGAAUUGAAUUCUCUGACUCGUUGCUAUAAUUGUUGAAAUUCUCCUUCAAAUUUCUUUUACCUUCCCUUCGAUUUUUCCUUUACUCUCUAUAUAUAGCAUCAAUGUACUACAUUGUUGUUCCUUUUAGUGGAAAAAAGAAAAAAGACUAAUGAUCUUUCUGUUUUUGUUAGAUUUCAAAGAGUAAUAAUAGUUGGCGUGUGUUCUAAGUUGCAGUUUAAA